UAUGUGUGGCUAGGGAAUUCAUGUGGAGGUCAGAGUGGAAGCAGGUGUGAGAGGGUCCAGCAGAAGAAAACAUGGCUGUCAAAGUGUUUGAGUCCAUCGGCGAGUUUGGCCUGGCCUUAGUUGUUGUAGGAGGCAUGCUGAACUCUGCCUUACAUAAUGUGGAUACUGGUCACACAGCUGUCAUCUUUGACCGAUUCUGUGGAGUACAGGACAUUGUGGUAGGGGAAGGGACUCACUUUCUUAUCCCAUGGGUACAGAAACCAAUUACCUUUGACUGCUGUUCUAGACCACCUAACGUGCCAGUCAUCACUGGUAGCAAAGACUUACAGAAUGGCAACAUCACACUGCGCAUCCUCUUCCGGCCUGUCGCUAGCCAGCUUCCUUGCAUCUUCACCAGCAUCAGAGAGGACUAUGAUGAACGUGUGCUGCCAUCCAUCGUUACCAAGAUCUUCAAGUCAGUAUUGUCUGGCUUUGAUGCUGGAGAACUAAUCACCCACAGAGAGCUGCUCUCCAGGCAGGUGAGUGACAAGUUUACGGGGCCAGCAGCCACCUUUGGGCUCAUCCUGGACGAUGUGUCCUUGACACAUCCAACCUUCCGGAAGGAGUUCACAGAAGCGGUGGAAGUCAAAGAAGGGGCUCCGCAGGAAGCAGAGAGGGCCAGAUUUGUGGUGGAAAAGGCUGAGCAGCAGAAAAUGGCAACCAUCAUCUCUGCUGAGGGUGACUCCAUGGCAGCCGAGCUGAUCCCCAACUCACUGGCCACCGCAGGGGACUGCCUGAUCGAGCUGAGCAAGCUGGAAGCUGCGGAGGACAUCGCAUACCAGCUCUCAUGCUCUGGGAACAUCACCUACCUGCUUCCUCCAGCUGCCCCAGUGAGGGCCCACCCUGCCUGUACCUCUGUGGGGAAUAGGCCACAGCCUUGAUGAUUCUUAACACCACCUUCCUUCUGCCCCUAUCCCAGAAAUCACUGUGAAAUUUCAUCAUUGGCUUAAAGCGAAGGAAAUAAAGGUAAAAUCACUUUACAUCUCUUA